AUGGAACGACUCUUAGAAGCAUAUCCGUGGAUUCAUGAAGAAAAACAAAAUUUUGGUGUUGAAAAUGGCCCAUAUUGUUUUACUUCACGUGAUCCCAUUGAAACACGUCGACGAAUUCAUUCGCUGAAAGAACGUCGUGAUCGUCUUGGUCGAACUGUAAAUAUGCGUGCGAUGAAUAUGCUUGGUAAUGCUGUAAAACAAUAUUCUGAAUUGAUUAGACGUCAAGAAUUUGUUUUAGCUGAUAAACGUAAAAUUCAAGCAGUUAUUGACGAUUUAGAUGAACGAAAAGAAGAAGUCUUAAUAAGUGCACAUAAUAAAGUCAAUGAGGAAUUCUGUAACAUUUUCGGAACUCUGUUGCCAGGAAGUAAAGCACGUUUAUUUCCCCCGGAAGGUAUGAGUGUUCUUGAUGGAUUAGAAAUUAAAGUUGCAUUUGGUGAUAUUUGGAAAGAAUCACUUGGAGAAUUAAGUGGUGGUCAAAGGUCGUUAGCUGCCCUUUCACUUAUUCUGGCUUUAUUACUCUUCAAACCUGCACCUUUGUAUAUAUUAGAUGAAGUGGAUGCGGCGCUCGAUUUAUCUCAUACACAAAAUAUUGGUCAGUUGACUAAAAAUCAUUUUAAGCAUUCACAGUUCAUUGUAGUGUCACUCAAGGAUGGAAUGUUCAACAAUGCUAAUGUACUAUUCAAAACAAAAUUUGUAGACGGUGUUUCAACUGUGUCUCGGCAUGUACCUCUACGCGUUCGCGACGAAAAUAAACAGCCUCAAACAGAGAGACAACGGAAACGUGUUAAAUAA